GGAUGAGGAAAGAGGCAGGACAUUACAGAUGCUUUCUACGCAUUUACACACUGACACACUUCAGAAACCACGUUUCCGUGAGUCACAGCGGACCGCGAGGUACCGCCGUAGAACAACCGAGCCCUGUCUCUGUGAGCUACGGUGCUCUACAAAGCCUCGUUUUCACCACCGACACAGCUAAACGAAGCGUCUAGCUUUGUUACGCGAGGAAGAAAUGUCAGGGUUGAAGAAACGGAGUUCAAAUGCAUCCGCGGACCGGGAUGAAGACGACAAGCAGGUCACGGAGAAGAUGCUGUCCGACGUGGGUGGAAACGGCAACAUGAGCCGACCCGGGGACCCAGACAUCAGCAGUGCGGAAGGAGAGGGGACAGUCGAGCUCAAAAGAACUAUAACGCUCCUAAACGGCGUGGCCAUCAUUGUAGGCACCAUCAUCGGCUCCGGCAUCUUCGUGUCUCCGACCGGUGUGGUGAAAGAAGCAGGUUCGGUCGGUCUGUCGCUGGUUGUGUGGACCGUAUGCGGCGUCUUCUCCACGGUGGGCGCUCUCUGUUACGCCGAACUGGGGACCACCAUCACCAAGUCCGGCGGCGACUACGCCUACAUCCUUGAAGUGUACGGUUCCCUACCUGCGUUCCUGAAACUUUGGAUCGAACUUCUCAUCAUCAGGCCGUCCUCGCAGUAUAUCGUUGCUUAUGUUUUCGCUACCUACCUGCUCAAACCCAUCUUCCCAGUCUGUCCGGUCCCCGAAACCGGAGCUAAACUGGUCGCCUGCCUCUGCAUCCUGUUGUUGACGGCUGUUAACUGCUACAGUGUGAAGGCGGCCACAAGGGUCCAAGAUGCGUUUGCCGCUGCUAAGCUUCUUGCCCUGGGCCUCAUCAUCAUUAUUGGCUUCGUGGAGAUUGGCAAAGGUGACACCUUUGAGCUUCUUCCUGCAAAUUCGUUCAAAGGAAGCAAUUCGGACUUCGGCAAUAUCGGAUUGGCUCUUUACAGUGGAUUGUUUGCCUAUGGAGGAUGGAAUUAUUUGAAUUUUGUCACAGAGGAGAUGAUUGAGCCGUACAAAAAUCUGCCUCUGGCCAUUAUCAUCUCCCUUCCUAUUGUCACUGUCGUCUAUGUUUUGACCAACUUGGCCUACUUCACCACCUUGAGUCCUCAACAAAUGCUUUCAUCUGAGGCAGUCGCUGUGGACUUUGGCAACUACCACCUGGGUCCGAUGGCUUGGAUUAUCCCUGUGUUUGUGGGGUUGUCAUGCUUCGGUUCUGUAAACGGAUCACUGUUUACAUCAUCCAGGCUGUUUUUCGUAGGCUCCAGAGAAGGUCAUCUUCCCAGUUUACUGUCGAUGAUCCACCCUGACCUGCUGACCCCUCUUCCUUCUCUAAUAUUUACUUGUAUCAUGACUCUCAUGUACGCCUUCUCCAACGACAUCUUCUCCGUCAUCAAUUUCUUCAGCUUCUUCAAUUGGCUCUGCAUCGCCAUGGCCAUUCUCGGCAUGAUGUGGCUACGCUAUAAAAAACCUGAGCUGGAGCGACCAAUUAAGGUGAAUAUUCUUCUUCCCAUUACUUUUGUGUUGGCCUGCUUGUUCCUCAUCGUGGUGUCCAUCUGGAAAACACCUUCCGAGUGUGCCAUCGGUUUCGGCAUCAUCGCCACUGGAGUUCCAGUGUAUUUCUUCGGCGUUUGGUGGAAGACCAAACCGAAGUGGCUGUUGCAGUUAAUCUUCUCUGCCACGGCCAUGUGUCAGAAAGUAAUGGAGGUUGUACCUCAGGAGUCCUGAAGACCACGCAGAACGACGGAUUCCCCCACGCCGCCCAAACUCCGAGUCUCUUCGCACCCGUCUCACUGUAUUUUUCCUUGUGUGAGACAAAAAAAGUCAUAACCUGCUGACAUGGGCAAAAUCUACGUUGAGUACCUCAAACUAAGCCCCGGAGCUAAACAGUUACAGGAGCAUUUAAAUUCGAAUGUAGAUUUCAUCUACCCCAACUGUAUCAUACUGUAUGCAUCGUGGUUCAGUUAAUUUUGUAUUUUUUUAGUCCGUCUGUGUUGUAUCUCAAGGUGUACUUGAUCAUCUUGCGAGUCACAAUUUCACGUGUGUGCGUAUUGAAGGGUUGGUAACUUCCCGAAUUGUGCUUUAAUCUUUAGUUUCAGAAUGAGAUGAAACUCAACGCUUUGAAAACACCUGCGACUUCUGUUUUAGCAGCUAGAACAAACUCUUGACCAAAAUUUUUUUUUUUUCGCUACAUUUUUCCGUUAUUCUACAGCAGAUUCGAUCGGAUUGCUGUCAGUUUGUGUAAAACUGUAUUCUUGUUGAUAUGAUUUUAUACUUCAACAGAUUUAUUUUUGAUAGUUUAAAGCAAUGACAUUUUGUACGCUGUUACUAAGAAUUUCGACGAAUCUUUAUUUUUUGUCAUUGUCGUCCAAUCGGAUUAUUUAUGAUUACUAUUAUUAUGAAAGGUAUAUACGUGCAGUAUUCAUACAGUUAUCAGAAUACAGUCCAACAGUUACUACCUUGUUUUACCUCUUUAACGUACAGUACAUUACACAUUACAACUGUAUAUUUUAAAUAACGUAUUAUUAUUUAACAUGUACAUUAAAUGUACAUUAACACUGGACCUUACAAUAAGACGCCAAGAGAUAAUAAACUUUUUAUUUCACUUCACCGUAUUUAAACUUCACCAAACACAAUCAGUCGACUGGUUUACACAUUUUUUAAAGUAAAUAUAUGUGUAACUUUACAUUUUCGACUAUAAUAGCUAAAACGGAUGGGCACUACUGUUUAUAAUUAAACAAAUCUACAUACUGUAUGACCGGCUGCUUACAUCUGUUACUGGAUUACAUUUUUUGCACUUUAAGGUAUCAUCAGAAAUUCCCGCACAAGGUUUAACAUUUUAGUGCCUGGUCAGCUUGUCGACUGAUAAAUCUGAAGGAUGUUACUGUAAAAUGUAUGCUUUUUCGUUUUUAUAUGGUUGCGCUUGUAAAGGAUGCAGUGAUUUCGGUCAUCCAUGUUUUGCUCAAUUUUUAAAUGAUUUUUGGUUAGCUAUACAUACUACACUGGACCAAAAUCACAUGUGAGAAUGAGAUUCGCUGGUAAAUGUUUAUUGUUUAAGAAGUUGUUUGAGUUAUGGUUAGUGUAAGAAGUAUUCUGGGUGAUGGUGAGGAGGUUUUUUUAAGAAGAAAACUGGGACUUUGGGAUGAAGAAAUAAAAUCAUCCUUUUACAGAAACAGCGUGAAGGGACUCAGAUGAUCUGAGUUGGUAUACAUUAUUAAUUUUAGGAAGUUUUUAGAUGAUAAUGUUAUCAUUUAGUAAACUACAGCAGUAUGACUAACACUCCAACCAACAAGGUCAUCAUCUAAUUUAAAUAGAUAUGUAGAAAUAUUUACUUAUAUGUAUUUAUUUAUUACUUCUAGUGUUACAUUCAGUGAUUUAACAAUUCUGUAGAGCAUUUAUAAAAUGCAUGUUACUGAUAUUUUUUCUUUUUUUUGUAUCUGUAUGUUUUUUUUGUUUGUUGGUGUUUAUGUUUUUCGAUUUUUAAAAAAAUGUCUGUAAAUAUGUUUGUAACUGACAGUGGCAUUCAUUUAAUAGUUUAAUGACUCUUAGGCCGAUGUGUUAAGUAAGGAAUAAUUGACGACGGGUCAUUGAAUUAUUCGAAAAUAAUGAUGCGAAAAGGUGAUUUCUUUAUAAUUCAAAGGCCCGUUGUCAAUUAUUCUGCUUAUAACACAACACGGUUACCACAAACAUUGCUUUGGUAGUUAUUUUAAGACCUUUGACAGGUCAGGUGUGCGGUUAUCAAAAAAUAAUGCAUACCUGUGAAACAUUCCUUAACCCAUGGUAUAUACAUAUACAGCAUUUGUUUCUUUAUCCUUACUUCUGUAAAUUACAUUUCAUCACCACAGAAUGUUUUUUUUUAUUCAUUUUUUUUCAACAUUUCCGCAUGCGCAUUCCAGUACUGGAUUGUGACAUUCGUACACUAACAAUCAAUCUUUUAACCACAACAUUCCCUGUCAUUCCCCGAGGGCAGACUCAGACCAUAAUGACAGAUAAGACGUUUCUUGUGUAAUCUACAUGCGCUGUUCAACUGAUCUCUGAUCAGUAAGCUCCAUUUGCAGUAAGCUGUGCAUACACUGUUCAACAAUCUGUCCUGUAUUUUCUGUCAUUUAGGAAUGAAAUAAAUCUAUGAAAAGCA